UUGCUCUUGUCUACACUAACUAGAUGACAGCCGAUGUCACGUGACUCAACAAACGUGGGCUUCUUUUAAGAAUAGGGCCCAACUAACAAACUUCAGAAUUGUUAAGAAGGCGGAGGGCUUAUCGGUACAUUAAUUCUAAAUAGAUUUAUUGAAAAUGGAAAAAUCGAAUGCGAUGGAAAUGAAGUCAGACGGUUACCCGUCGAAAACGGAAACUUUCCCCAUGACAAAGAUGCAAAUAUUAAAGAAUGUGUUAAUCAUUAGUUUCGGAUUCUGCUUCCUGUUCACGGCCUUUCAGUCCCUGUCAAACUUACAGAGCACCCUGAACAAAGAGGAGGGGGUGGGUACAGGAGGCCUAGCCAUAUUGUACUCCGCCCUGGUCUUCAGCUGCAUGUUUGUGCCAUCUGUUGCCAUAGGAAAACUGGGUUGCAAAUGGACAAUUGCUGCUUCCAUGUGUUGCUAUGUUGUGUACAUGGCCGCAAAUUUCUAUGCUGUGUGGGGUUUGAUGGUCCCUGCAUCUAUUAUUAUUGGACUGGGUGCCGCUCCCUUGUGGUCUGCAAAAUGUACAUAUUUGACACAAGUAUCAGUGUGGUACUCCAAAAUGACAGGAACCACUCAAGACGAUAUUGUCAACCGAUUUUUCGGAUUCUUCUUCAUGUUCUUCCAAACAAGUCAGAUUUGGGGUAACUUGAUCUCUUCCGAAAUAUUCAGUCAACGUCCAGAAAACCAGUCUUUGUAUCUCAAUGUUAGUAGUGAAGAUCUGGCAAGUUGUGGUGCUAAUUUUGAUCCUACAAUCGAAUAAAAUAAAACAACUCUGAAGAAACCGGAACUUGACCAGGUGUAUCUUGUAUGUGGGAUAUACACGGGAUGCGCAGUGAUCGCUGUAAUCAUCAUAUCCGUUUUGUUGGAUCCAAUAAAACUAGACAAGGACAACCAUGACAAGUACGGGGAGUUCUCGUUUGACCUGGUCAUUGCGACCUUUAAGCACUGGUGGAGGUCCCCUUACCAGAAACUCCUUAUGGUGCUGACAUUUUAUAGUGGUAUAGAACAAGGCUUCAUCACCAGUGAUUUCACCAAGUCCUAUGUAGGAUGUGCCCUUGGUAUCUGGAACAUAGGAUACGUCAUGAUCUGUUACGGCGUAGUGGACGCUCUCUGCUCCUUCACCUUCGGACGGCUGGUCCAAUUCUUUGGCCACAUUCCUUUCUUCGUUCUCGCAUUCCUUGUACACGGGGGUAUACAGAUAACGUUGAUGUUAUGGACCCCAGAUCCAGAUAUUAAAUAUUUGUUUUUUAUUAUUGCUGCUCUUUGGGGAAUGGGUGACGCUGUCAUUCAAACACAGAUCAAUGCGUACUAUGGUUAUCUGUUUACCGAGCACUCGGAGGCAGCUUUCUCUAACUAUCGUCUUUGGGAAUCUAUGGGAUUUAUCCUGGCCUUCGGUUACGGGAAUUUUGUGAGGACUGACGUCAAGUUAUACUUGACCUUCACGAUCCUUGUGGUGGGGAUGUUCCUGUACGGGACCACGGAGUACAUGGAGAGGAGGGACAGGAAAUCAAUCCCCCAACAAGAGAAGACAAAGCUUUAAUUUAUUGAUCCACCCGAAAAUCCUAUGUCGGGGAGAAUUCAAAUUCAAAUGUGCAGGACACAGAAUAUCGGGAUGAACGUGUAUGAGACAGAGACCGGAGACUGCCAGCAGAAUCCGGGAUUAUACAAAACUUGUGGACAAUGGAAAUGUGUUCCCCUCAAUAUAACUUGUCACGGCGAGCCUUCAUCCAUUCCAUUAUCUAUAUUCAUUGCUGUCAUAACUGCUUGUGUCUUAUUUUGUGCCAUAGCCAUCGUCUUCGCCUUCAUAUGUAUCAGACGCCGUCUACAGAGAAGGGACGGAUCAUUGACAAGCAAUGUACUUCUGCAACAGUCAAAUGAAAAAGACAAUAUUCAUGAAGUUUGUGAAAGUAGCAGCAAACCUUGCACAAAAGUGACUAGCAAUGGAAUUGAAAGCAAACAUAACCCACAACGUAACUAUGGUUAUGAAAAAGUACCACAAGACUUUGGAAUAUUCUUUGGAGAGGAAUUUCUCGGAACAUCUACACCUAAGCAAGGGAUAAAACACAUUAUAAACCCCAAGAGAUUUUCGGGAAAUGUUGACAUUAAGGACCAGAUGGUAGCAAACCAAAGUUUAAAUAGUUACAGUGAUUUUAAAAAUGGUGUCCAAAAGUCACAGAUUCAGGAAAGAGCCAUAGGGGACAGUGUUGGAGAUCUGAAUACCUCUCUCUUUCUUCCAAUCACGUGACAAGGAUUAUUAUUUGAUCUUUUGUCUUAUUUAGGGUUUUCUGACCAAAUCCUGGGAUAAUAAGUACUCCAAUGGGAAAUGUCCGCUAAAAUGUUCAGAACAAUUAUCGUAUGAUAUAUAUAAUAAUCAUUGACAUUCGAAUGUGACGUAAACUGAAAAAGAAUACUCGCCUUUGGAGAAGAUAU